UGAAUCUGUAGAAUGAUGGCCUCCAGGUCUUUCUCGGAGGACGACCUGUCCUGUCCGGUGUGCUGCGAGGUCUUCCAGGAGCCCGUUCUCCUGCCCUGCAGUCACAGCAUCUGUAAGGCCUGUCUGCAGAAGUUCUGGGAGACCAAAUCGGUUCCGGAGUGCCCCAUGUGCAGGAACCGCUGCUCCAAGAAGCAGUAUCCCGUGAAUCUGGCACUCAGGAACCUUUGUGAGACGUAUUUAGAGGAGAAGAACCAAGAAGCUUCAGCAGGGUCUGAGGUGCUCUGCAGUCUGCACAGUGAGAAACUCAAGCUCUUCUGUUUGGAUGAUAAGCAGCUUGUGUGUAUGGUGUGUCGCGACUCAAACAAACACACACGUCACAUUUUCAUUCCCACAGAUGAGGCAGCACUUCAGCUAAAGGAUGCAGUCAGACUCAAACUGGAGCCCCUGAAGAAGAAGCUGAAGGCCACUGAGGAAGUUAAGAUGACCCUCGACCAAACCGCUCAGCACAUUAAAGUGAGUCUUAGGGAUUCAGACCACAAAUGUCACUACAAACCUUCAAGGGGAUUCCAUAUCUUAAAGGAGACUUUGUUUCAAUGAUAUCCUCCAGGUCCAGGGGGAAAACACAGAGAUGCAGAUCAAGGAGGAGUUUGAGAAGCUUCACCAGUUUCUACGAGAUGAAGAGGCGGCCAGGAUAGCUGCACUGAGGGAGGAAGAGGAGCAGAAGAGUCAGCUGAUGAAGGAGAGGAUUGAGAAGAUGAGCAGCCUGAUCUUGUCCCUUUCGUACAGAGUCAGCACCACGGAGGACGAGCUGAAGGCUAAUAAUAUUCUCUUCCUGCAGGUAGGAAUCUCUCUCUGUGUGUGUCUGUCUCCCUGCUCACUAAUGAUACGGACUAAACUAGUGACUAAUUAUAAAUGGACUGCAUGUAUAUAUAGUUCGCUUCUACUCAUAGAGCACUCAAAGCACUUUACAGAGUAAUGC